CCUUCCGUUCUUUGCGGGAGGAUGAAACUUGCGUCUUUAGGAAGCGCAUUCAGCGCUCUACUCUCAAUUCAACUUCUGCGCCUUGCAGCAGGAGAUCAUGCUGUGUGCUGGAAGACGACUGGCAAUGUCUUCAUACAGCAUCGUUCGAAGUCCAUGCUGAGCAAUGACUUUGAAGCGCUUGUCUCCUGGGUCGCUGGACCCUUCGGUUCAUGCAUCAAAGUGUGUCCUGGUGCCAGGCGUGCCUUCGGUACGAAUCCUGCUGUUCAGAAGCGCGAGGUGAAGUGCUUUGCACUAGGCGGAGAAGAGCUUGAAGAUUUCAGAUGCGAACACUUGAUGAAGCCACGAAAGUACAGGCGUUGCCACUGUGGAGUCCUUUCCUGCCCCGCAAACUGCAGCAACUGUGAUGAAGAUGACGAAGAUGAUGAAUCCAGCGAAUUUGGAGAAAGCCGUGACAGCGAAUUCGAAUUGGUGGGCUGCUUUCCACUAGGAGAUGGUGACGUCACCGGUGAAGUCGAAGAUGCAGCGGAUUUCGCAUGCCGAGACUGGACGCAAGAUGACGUUGCAUGCCGAAGUGGCCUGCCGUUCUAUCGUUUGCAAGCGAAUCACGACAUGACGCCAGAACUUUGCUUCGAGUUUUGCAUCGGUGCUGGAUUGGACCUCUUUGGCUUGGUGGGCGAAGAAUGUCGCUGUGGCGCCUCCCUCCUCAAUAAAGAUGUGUGGGGGGCGGCCGUGGGAGGGGCUCCACGGGGAGGUCUGCUGCUGCCGCUGUCGAAGCAACUCCCGACUCAAGAGGAAUGCCCCGUUCGCGUCUACAGAUGGAUUGGUCCUUUCGUUUCGGGGGGUUCUGUCCCCGAACACUUGCAGAUGUUGCAUGUUGGCAACACCAUCUAUGUGGAUUCCAUCGUGAGUGGAACUGACAUCUCUGAAGAGCAGGAGGAAGAUGGGAAAAUCCCGCCAGAGCUUCUGCAGAAGUUUGAAGCCGAAGAUAUCGCACUGCGCGAACUCCAAAAGGAGCGCGCUGCAUCUGGAAUCGAAGAUCCUCGCUGGGACAGGCCGUGUGAUGAUGCCGAUGGCUGCCAGGCGGCCAGGCCUUGGAUCGAACGCACCACGACGGCUCCAGAGGGCAUGCUCAGCCAAUGGCAAGAGUAUGUCAUGGUGCGUUACAAGUUCGAUACAGACGUCGAUGACACUCGCAAGGAAGCCUUCCGCGCUGCCGCAGCGGAUUGGCGAACCCACACCUGCAUCGCUGUGGUGGAAGAUGACAACGCAGGCUAUCCUUACAUCCUGGUGGGCAUCUACGACACAGGAAGCUGUUGGGCAUACCUGGGACGGCCAUCGAGCUACCACAAGAUCAACCUGGGAUGGUGCAAGACAAUGAGCCAUAAAGGAAGUAUGGUGCAUGAGCUCGGUCAUGGUUUGGGCAUCAACCACGAGCAAAAGCGUGCUGAUGGGUCGCAAGAGUACUACGGCAAGGGGCCACAUCUGGAGAUGUUCUGGGAGAACACUGGACAAUGGGGAAGUCAGUACACCCCUGCUGUCAACACCUAUAUUGGUUCUGCAGAUGACGGUGUAGGCGAUCCUCAAAUUGGCUAUGCACCAUAUGAUUUUGAAAGCAUCAUGCACUACUAUCGACAGAGAAGCUCCGACCGCACUGUCAAUGACGGCUGGUACUUCAACACAAUUCCAUCCUCUGGGCAGAGCCUUGUUGGAAAUCGUCACGCCUUGUCUGCCGGGGACAUCAAGCAAGCCUUGGACGCGUAUCGAUGCAGGAGCCCAGCGACCAGUACGACGACCACCACCACCACAACAACCACCACGGCGACGACUACCACGACGACCACAACGACCACAACGACCACGACGACCACGACGACCACAACGACCACGACGACCACGACGACCACGACUACCACCACUCCAGUGGAUGAAAAUGCCCCUUUCCUCGAAGCAGGUGAAAUCAGCGUUUCAGGUCAAGGCGACUGGCAACACUUUUCCUUCGCCACUGCUUUCGCCGAGCCUCCCGUGGUGGUGGUGCUGGCCACGGGGCUCGGUGAUCCAAAGGAUGUGAAGAUCCGAGGUGUCAGCUCCAGCGGCUUUGAAGCGCUGCUGGUGGUUCCGCCUCCCAACACCGGAGAUCUGGUGGCCAUCACCGUCGCUUAUGCUGCGGCCAAACAAGGUGUACAUACUCUGCCAGAUGGUCGUGUUUUUGAGGCAGGCCAAGUGGAUACCAUGGCAAGGCAAUACUCCAACAAGUGCCAGCCUGCGGGCGCCUCCCGAAGCUGGGACACGGUCCAGUUGCAGCACAGCUUCGGAACUCCCGUGGUGGUGGCCCAGGUCCAAACGGCCAACAACGAGGAGGGCACGGUGCCGAGUGGUGCUUCCCAGCCUUGGUUGACGACGGCCGUGGAUUCCGUGACAAGCUCGUCCUUCAACGUGGCUUUGGAGUCAGCCGAAACUCAGGUGGGGAUCUGUAACAGAAGCUGA